AUGGAGGCAGACACUAUUGAGAAAGUCUACAGAGAUAAUCAGGCUAGGAAAUAUGAGCUGUUCUAGGAAUGGUGUGACAAAAAUGGGAUAAAGAUACCUAAGCUAGAGUAUCCAGCUAAAUUUGAUGGCGGCCUUGUAGGAGUAAGGGCUAAAGAGGACAUCGAGCAUCGUGAAGCAUUCCUUUAUGUGCCAUUUAAUUUAUUGAUCACAAUGGAGUUGGCGCACAAUCACCCAAUUAUUGGGCAUGUAUUCAAGGAAAACCCCAAGUUAUUUACUAAGGUGCAUGAUGAUUUUGAGCAGUUGACUCUCACUGUAUUCAUGCUUUAUGAGUAUCAGAAGACAACUGAAUCGUUUUGGUUUCCAUAUUUAAAUCUACUUCCUGACGUGGAGUUUUUCUGCAAUUGGAGCAAGGAUGAAUUAGAAGCAAUAGAUGAUCCAGAUCUAGCUUAUGAAACAAAGUCUUAUAAAAGAGACAUUGAAUUAGAAUGGAAAGAGAUUGAACUAUUGCUGAAUCACUACCCUUAGCACUUUGAUCAGCAAAUCAUCAAUAGACAUCUGUUUAUGCGUAUCUUUGCGUAAGUGUGCUCUAGAUGUUUUGGAUGGGGACUUCCCACAACUGCUAUGAUUCCAAUGGCAGAUAAUUUGAACCAUUCUCAUAUCACAGUCAUAAAUGAAACUAUCAACAAAGAACUCUAAAUCAUUGGAGAUUCUAAGAAUAAGUACUUUACUAAAGACAAAUUCAUGAAUGACUAUCAGGAGAUGUUCACAGAUGAAGAAGUAAGGAAAAGCCCCUACAACAUCAUGGGAAGGUUCAACAGGGAACAAUUUAAGAUUAAUGUUGAGAAGUAUAGUUUAAGUAACUGGAAGAAAGAGAUUCAAGAGAAACAUUUAUGGGAUCUCACAUACAAAGACGAAGACUACGAUGAGGAUAAUGAUACCUCAGAAGAAGAUGAUGAUGAAGAACACUUUGAUGAAGACUUCAUGAAGAAUAGUAGUACGGCUAAAUCUUAGCUUACAAGUUUAGGGUAGAAAUUAGGCCACGAUAAACUGGCUGAGGACCUUAUUAAUCCAAAGAAAGGCUUUAAGUUCUUUAUAGAGUAGGAGUAAAUGAUCCUGGAAAAGCUAGAGAAAAAGAAGAGGUAGAUCUUAGAAAAGUAAAGCUAACUUAGGGAGGAAUAAAAGUAAGACAGUCAUAAUAGUAGAUAAACACCCUAGGAGACUAAAAUAAUUGACUUAACUUAAGAUUAAACUACCAAGAAUGAGAGUGAAACGAAAUCAUAGGCAUCGAUUUCAACUGAAGUAUCGACGCUAGCACAGAGUCUAAGAGAAAUCAACCUGGACCCAACUGCAUUGAAUUUAGAUGAUGGUGACAUUGACUAUGAUUAUGAGGACGAAGACUUCUCCUGGUAUGAUGAUGAGAAGAUGAGAGAUGGAACAUACUUCGUCUUAGUUAACUGUGAGAGAAAGACAAUCAAGAAGGGUGAGUAAGUAUUCUACUGCUAUGGCAAGAGGUCAAAUGCCUUCCUCUUAUUAAAUUAUGGAUUUUGUAUUCCUGAUAACAAAUAUGAUUCAUAUAUCUUCAGAGUGAAAUUGAAUGUCAACAUCUUAGAUGACAUAUCAGAUUUCUCAGAGAUCUUACCUCAUCCAGAAAAUGAAGACGAUAUGCUUUGCGCUGAAGAAAUUAGACUCAAAUUUGAUCAACUAAACCUAGUCCUACUUGGCUAUCUAAGAACAGUCUUCAAGGGCUACUACUCUCAUAAGACACAUUAGAAUGAAAGUGGCUUACUUCUUACAAAGCCUAAGGACAUUGAUUACGAGAUCUUCAUUUUCAAGAAGUAUCUAGGACUUUUGGAGUUCCUCUAGUACUUCAAAGAGAAGAAGUCUACUCUUGAAUAAGACCUGGAACUUCUUAAAAACCAAGAUCUAUCUUACCAGCUUAAAUUUGGAAUCCUUUACAGAGUAGAGAAGAAGAAGAUCAUCAGAUCUAAUAUUGAUCUAGUUAAAUACAUCCUGAGAAUCUUGAAUCUUUUGAAAAAGAGUUAACUAUCAAGUGAAAAUAAUAAAACGACUGUUAGUGAGAAAUAAUACAAGGAAUUGUAUUUGGAUUAGACUGAGAUGGAGGCAAAUAAUUGUUAUAAAGCAUGGAUAAUGACUUCUGAAUUCAACGAGGAGGAAUAAUACUAUCAGAAGAGAUUGUAAUUAAGGGGAUAUUUAAGGGAUUUAGCUGAAUUAACUGGCAUCUGCCUAACAUGA